ACCUCAAGAAUACACAGAGGGCAAGAACAGCCAGAAAAAGAAGACUAAAGAAGACUUGACACUCUGACAGACUUUCAGAAAGCUGUGAUUUAUUUUACAAAUCAGUUGCUGAAAGUUCUCACCAUGAGAAGUAUCUUGGCAUUCAUGGUUCUUGGGGCCUGCACUUUAAGUGCAUGGUCCAAACCAAUUAAUUCCAGACAUGUGUCCUUCCCCGGGGAUAUACUCAAAAACAUGACAGACAUACAGAUGGCUGAUAGCUAUCUGGAGCGCUUCGGUUAUAAAAGGAUUCUGGAUAAGAGUGGACGACAGGGAGCAGUGCUGACUCAUAAAGCUCUGAGAAGGUUACAGACUCAGCUGGGUCUGGAAGAGACUGGUGAGCUGGACCAACCAACAAUCGAUGCCAUGAAGAAGCCACGCUGUGGUGUGCCAGACGUCCGCAACUACCAAACAUUUGACGGAGACCUGAAGUGGGAUCACAAUGACGUUACAUACAGGAUUCUGAACUACUCACCAGACUUAGACGUCUCUACUAUUGACGAUGCCUUCGCCCGAGCCUUCAAAGUGUGGAGUGAUGUCACACCCCUAACUUUCAGACGGCUCUACGAUGGCACUGCUGAUAUCAUGAUCUCAUUUGGAAAAAAAGAUCAUGGAGACCCCUACCCAUUUGAUGGGAAAGAUGGCUUGCUGGCACAUGCUUAUCCUCCAGGUGAAGGAGUGCAGGGAGAUGCUCACUUUGAUGAUGAUGAAUACUGGACACUUGGCAAGGGACCCGCAAUCAAGACCUACUUCGGCAAUGCAGAUGGUGCACUGUGUAAUUUCCCAUUCCGGUUUGAGGGAAAGUCCUAUUCUAGUUGUACCACUGAAGGUCGUGAAGAUGGCCUGCCAUGGUGUGCCACAACUGCUAAUUUUGACAAGGACAAGAAAUAUGGUUUCUGCCCAAGCGAGCUUCUGUACACAUUUGAUGGGAAUGCAGAUGGUGAAGCUUGUGUCUUUCCGUUUGUGUUUGAGGGGAAAACAUACACCAGUUGUACCACUGAGGGACGUGAUGAUGGGUAUCGCUGGUGUGCUACUACAUCCAGCUUCGACAAGGACAAAAAAUAUGGGUUCUGUCCUAACCGAGAUACUGCUGUGAUUGGUGGAAACUCUGAGGGGGAGCCGUGUCAGUUUCCUUUCAUCUUCCUGGAGAAGUCCUUUACUUCCUGCACAAGUGAAGGCCGUAGUGAUGGAAAACUCUGGUGUGCCACAACCAGCAACUAUGACAAGGACCAGAAAUGGGGAUUUUGCCCAGAUAAGGGUUACAGUCUGUUCCUGGUGGCAGCCCAUGAGUUUGGACAUGCUCUUGGUCUUGAUCAUUCCAACAUACAGGAUGCUCUGAUGUACCCCAUGUACAAAUAUAUAGCUGACUUCUCUUUGCAUCAGGAUGACAUUGAGGGCAUCCAGUAUCUUUAUGGACCCAAAAAAGGCCCAAAGCCUACUCCACCAAAGCCAUCAACCACUACAGCAUCUACAAUUUCUACUGCCAAACCUACUAAAAAAACACCAAAGACGACUCCAUCUACAGCUUCCACCACAACUCCAUCUGUGUUUACGCCUGUGGACCCCUCAGUGGAUCCUUGCACGGCGGAUAGAUUUGAUGCAAUCACAGAGAUCCAGGGAGAGCUUCACUUCUUCAAAGAUGGGUAUUAUUGGACGUCCUCAAGUAGUGGUAAUAAGGAACGCAAAGGCCCUUUCUUAGUCUCUGAGAGAUGGCCUGGUCUGCCAGCUAAGCUCGACACUGCUUUCGAGGACCCUAUUACAAAACAAAUGUACUUCUUUGCAGAAACUCAGUUCUGGGAGUUCACUGGAAAGAAUGUACGGGGACCACGCAGUAUUGAGAAACUUGGUUUGCCUGCCAACGUGGAUAAGGUUGAAGGAUCAUUGCAGAGGGGAAAGGGCAAGGUGCUGCUUUUUAGUGGGGAGAAUUACUGGAGGAUGGAUCUGAAGACUCAGCAGAUGGAUAAAGGGUUCCCACAACAGACAGACAUGACCUUUGGUGGGGUUCCAGUGGAUGCUCACGAUGUGUUCCUCUUUAAAGGAAACUAUUACUUCUGUCGAAACAUCUACUACUGGAGAAUGACCAGCAAGAGACAGGUUGAUAGAGUUGGAUAUGUCUAUGAACUCCUGAACUGUCCCGACUACUGAAUCGGAUUUCAUAGGACUGAAGAGGAAAGCACAUCUAACUGAAAAGCAAAUCCCACAUAUGUGUUUUCAAAAAGAAAGUAUUAUCGAAAGAGUAUAAGCAAUAAAGUUUGUAUGUGUAAUAAAGUUUUUAUGUGUAAUAUUAAGAAAUAUUUGCCUGGAGCAAAUAAUAAAGUUAAUUAAGGUUAAGUUAGUUAAUGUUAUAUUGGUUAAGAUAUUUUAAAAUAUAUUUUGUCUUCUCCGUUCUAUUUCGUUACCUUAUAGUCUAAAUUUGCACAAGUGAAUGUUUUUCACAAUUGUCUAAUUUAUUUAUAAAAUCAGUAGUAUUUUGUCAUAUGAAUAAUGAAAUAAAUUUUUAUUUUAAGUCUG